UCGAAUUGGUCGUAUUUCAUUUGCCAAAGUGAAUACCAUUUAUUCGUUUGAUAAAAAUAGACUUUAAAUACCAAAAGAAAAAAAGAACUUAUAGAUUUUUCCACAGCACAAAAAUAACAUGUCAUUAGUUUUGUAUGGUGAUUACUAAAUUUAUCAGAACAAAUAAAUCUCAAAGUUAUUAAAAUAAAGACGAAGUUUUGUGUUUGUGUUACGCUGGUGUUUUUGUUUGAUUUUGGUAUUUUGUGUGUGGUUCUGUGUCUCGCAUCGUAGCCUCUCUACCGAAAAAUGGAUGAAGUAGUAUUUUGCAUGUUUCAGAUCUGUUUGUCGAAUGAAUUUGAGUAAAUGCGUUACGAACAAGAAGAGGGUUCCUUCCAUCACUCCCCGAUAUAAUUGCGUUCGGUUUUUCUGGCAUAAAUUUAGUGUGAAAAGGAUAUAUAUGUACUGGAUACAAUCCAAAGAAAACCAUAAACUCGAACACAUGCAGCGGGAAUGGGAAUGUUCUGCGUUGAAUUUUUUUUUCAUUUCGGCUGUUCAAUAGUUGAAAUGCUCGGAAUAUUUCAUCAGCAGUGUGUGUGUGUGCGUGUUUUUUCGGUGUUUUCAAGUGUAGCUAUGGCAAAGCAAUAAAUUUAUAUACUCACAACACAUUUGGUGCACGCACAAAAAUUAUAACGGGAAAAGUGUAAAUGACGACAUCGACAAAGUCCAUAAUAAUCAUGCGUUCAAGUGGGAUGAGUGCAAAUAAUUGUAAACAGUAGAGGGAAAAAAACGGACAGUUAAAUAACAAACACAAACAUUGCAGCACACAUACUUUUAAAUGACAUAUGGGUGUUGAAAAUUUCAAAUAUUUGCACGAACAAAAAAAAAAAAAAACAACAAACAUUCGACAUUUUUUCAGCUUCAACAGACGAACUAGCCAAACGAACAACAAAAUUGAAUUUUCGAUCCCCAAGAGUCCUGUGCAUUGAAGGGAAAAAGCAAAAAAAGAACUAGAGACAUAGAAAGAAUUCUUUCACAGAGAGAGACAGAAAUAAAGAAAGUACGUAAAAGGCAGUUGGGGUGACAGACACAGAAAAUUCGCCAAAGAGAAAAAGAGCGUUAGCGUCAAAUAUGGCGUUAAAGUAAAACGGAGUGUUCAAGACAAAAAGGCAAUAUAGCCAAAAAGAGUAAUAGAAACCGGAAAAGAGUGAACCAGGAAGUAAAUUACCAAAAUAAGUGAAAUUUUGUGUGUCAAAUUUGUGUUCGGCGCUUGUGUAUACAAAAAAAAGGGAAAAAAGGAGUGUUCGAUUAACGGAAUAAAGUGUUUAAAGUGUGCAAUGGAGGAAGAAUUACGGUGUCCGUUGUGUAAAGAGCUCUACUCAUCCCCAGUGCUAUUGCCAUGCUAUCACGGAUUGUGUUUAACAUGUGCAUUGGACUCUCAGGUACAAAUUGCGAAUAAUAACAAUAACACAACCAACACCAACACCGCCGCUGCCACCACCACCACCAACACAAAUAGCUCGACCACAAUUGUAACAGCUCAAGUGCAUCAGGUGCCAGCAAGUCAUCAGCCAUCACAAAAUCCAUCAGUAACAGUUUCAGUCGGAGCAUCAUCUACAUUGCCGCAAACCAAUUCAUCGUCCGGUGGUAGUACGGCAAAUUCAAGUACAUCAGAAAGUAUUUCAUCCGAUCAAGAUACCGCCGAUAAAGUAAGCAUUUUAAGUGAAGCCGAUUCGGGUGUGAUUUGUACAUCGCGUCCAAGUUCUUAUGCUGGUACACCAAAUUUGCAAGCAUUAUUAUUUCCACCGUCUGGCGGUGCUGUCUAUUCAUUAACAUGUCCAAUAUGCCGGAAAAUUGUGUUCUUUGAUGAUGGUGGUGCACAAAAUUUACCGAAAUUUACCGUGAUGGAAUCAAUAAUCGAUCGAUUUUGUGAACGUGAUGCGUUACGAUGUCAAAUGUGUGAAAUUGAACCAAAAAUAGCGACCGUUUUAUGUGAACAGUGCGAAAUACGGUACUGUGAACUGUGCCGUGAUCUCUGUCAUCCGCCUCGUGGACCUUUAGCAAAACAUACAUUGAUUGUACCGCGCGGUGGUGGAAUGGCCGCAUCGACAAUGAUUCGUGAAUCGGUUUGCAUCGAACAUUGCACCGAACCAUUAUCCGUAUUUUGUUUAACGUGUAAAAUAGCUUUAUGCCAACAAUGUUUAAAUGAUAAUCGACAUCAGUCACAUGAAAUUCAAUCAAUCGCCACAAUCUGCAAAUCACAAAAGACGGAACUUUCGCAUAAUCUGCAGCAAUUAUCGGAGAAAGCUAGAUCAACAACGGAAUUCAUUCAACGGCUCAAAGGAAUGAGUGAUAAAGUGACGGAAUCGUGUCAUGAAUACGAGCAAUUGAUAAUAAUGCAAUGUGAGGCCCUAAUACAAAUGAUUCAAGAGCGUCGUGAAUACCUGUUAGAAACCAUCGAAAUGGAUAAAGAGCAUAAAUUGCGUAUACUAAAGGAGCAGCAAAUUAAUUGUACAAGCAAAUUGCAACAGACUACAGGUUUGAUACAAUUUUGUAUUGAAACGCUCAAAGAGACUGACAAUGCAGCCUUCUUACAGGUGGGUUCGGCACUUAUAAAUCGCGUUGCCGACACUGAUGUGAGGUGGCAUCAAGAGGUUACAAAUGCAGCGCCACGCGUUUCACCCAUCAUCGAUCUCACGCUUGACGAUUUAUCAGUCAAACGAGCCAUUGACAAUCUUAAUUUCAUUCAAAUUAAAUCUGGCCGAGACUGUGACGAACGUGUUCAAACAGUUCCAUCAAUACCAACGAUAAUUCACGAGGAAUGUUCGACCGUAAAUAAUUCAGUGACGGUGGCUUGGAAAGCGUUAAAUCCAUUGUCAAAUGAUGGAUACGUGCUUGAAUUAGACGACGGCAGUGGUGGUGAAUUUCGGGAGGUCUAUUGUGGAAAGGAAACUAUCUGCACGGUCGAUGGUUUACAUUUUAAUUCAAUGUAUAAUGCACGUGUAAAAUCGUUUAACAGUUUUUGUGAGGGUGAAUAUUCUGAAACGAUUUGCCUGCAAACGGCCGAAGUCGCAUGGUUUACAUUCGAUCCGGAAUUGAGCGAUGCAAAUGGUAGCGGUUUAACGUUUUGCAAUGAUUUAUCAACGGUUUCAGUCGAUGGAUGGGAUCAUCGGGUUGCAUUAGGUUCAGUUGGUUUCUCGCGCGGCAUUCACUAUUGGGAAUUUACUGUUAAUAAGUAUACUGCCGAUACGGAUCCAGCAUUUGGCAUUGCACGAAUUGAUGUUGCCAGAGAUCAAAUGCUUGGUAAAGAUGAGAAAGGCUUUGCGAUGUACAUUGACCAUAAGCGUUCGUGGUUCCAGCACAAUUCGAUGCACGAGCGCCGUGUUGAAGGUGGCAUAGCGAAUGCAAGCACCGUUGGAAUUCUGUUAGAUUUGGAUCGACACACAUUAAGUUUUCUCGUCAAUCAAAUGCCACAAGGUUCAAUUGCAUUCCGUGACUUGUACGGUGUAUUUUAUCCAGCUGUCAGUUUGAAUCGUGGAACAAUGGUCACAUUACACACUGGUAUACCGCCACCCCAUAUGGAUUAUUUACACUAAACACACAUAUACGCACACAUUUGAUUGAUGUUUCAAUAUUAAUAAAUAAUUAUCGAAAUGGAAACAACUAUUAAGCAAACAUAAAACGAGUCGAACUCAAAUAGAGGGAAUAAAAUCGAGCUAGUUAAACAAAAAACAAGCUAUAUUCAUACACGAUACACAAAACAAUGUGUUCUUGUAAUAAAAUUGAUGUAUUACGCGUCUAUCAUCAUUCAAAACAACACGAGCUUUUUAAAUACACAUAACCCAGAAGCAUAUGUACAACGUUAUGAACGUUCACAAUUUUCAUUUCUAAAAUAUUUUUUUUUCUUUGAAAAGAAUAAACGCUAUGCUUGUCGAAUAAAAAAGGCAACAUUUUAACAAUGCAAUGAAUUAGCAAUAAUGUAAUGUUCAUUUUAAUCGCAUCGAAUUUUAAUCGAAGUGAAAACCAACGGAAUGGAUGGAAUCUGUAAUUCGAUAUCUAAUUGUUGAAUUGAAUUCAGUUUUUCUUCUUGAAGUAGAUAACAGAGCCAAAUGAACUAUUCAAAUACUAUCUAAUUGAGCUGCAAAACUAUUAUUAUAACAUUGAGAAUGUAGUGU